UACGUAGUACGGCCUGCAGAUUUAGGGAUAUGCAAAGUUCCCAUAGCGGCGUGCGGGAGGCAUGCACGUUAUAACUAACUUAAGCUAUAAAUAAGCUAUACUGAACAGAGUAGAGUAGGCUGGUAGUUUUAAGACGUCGAAUUAUUCUGUAGUAUUUCAAAGCUCGACGUACAUUCAGCGCAAAUGGCCAACUCAGACGCUACUAUUUUUAAGUGUCUUUGUCCACUGUAGACAUAAGAACACCAGUUCAGCGUGAUGAAAAUUGUCAAUGUUGCUGCGAGAAAAGAGAAGCGAAAACUGAAAGGAGAAAGUCAUCGAGUGACAGGUCGGGAAUGGGUCGAAUCAUUGACCGAGGACCUUUUCAAAGUACGGAAGCUAUCCCCUAAGAAAGCUCACGGUGAUGCUAAUGCUGUCCCAGUGGAUCCUGCUGCCGAAUUUCCAUCAGUGAAAACAGUGGAAAAGGUCGCGAGAUGCGUUCAUCAAGUAUUAAUUCAUCAUCCAGCUCGGAAUGCCCAGUACGAACUCCCACAAAACAAGCGCAGUUCCUUAACCCUACACUUGUCUCAGGAACCCCGGAAGGGUGUACAGCUUUCAUUGGCGGAUAAGAUCAGGUUGAUGAUUUUAAAGCGGAGGAUAGUAGCUAUCAGAAAGAAUUCUUCCGUCGCUGAAAUAAGGCAUAAUCCAUAUGGCAUUCCAGAUUUCGAGGAGCUUUACCACGCUACUGACCAACACGUGGCGUUCCAGAGGCGGAAGCUGUUUGAUCCUUUAUUAGACCCUGCUAAACGGCGCUACGCCUUUGAUUCCAUACUGAACGAUUAUGACAUUCUGUGCCCCAUCAAGCCAAGUCCACACCUUAAACAGAUGAGUCGGCAACGUGAUCGGUACAGACUCUGUCUGAUUGGCCGAUCCGCUAGAGGAUGCCCUUUCGAAGCAUCAGACUUCAUGGCCCGGUGGGUGUAUCGAAGAAGCCUACAAUCUAUGGAGCUGAAUGGGAUGCAGCUCACAAUGAUCAAGGAAGACGGCGUUGAUUGUGAUCCUCUGGAUCUAUCUAGAGCUGGAUCGUAUCAGUACGGAAAGUGCUUAGCUUCCAAGCUGGUUGCUGCCAGGAAAUCAGCACGACAUACUCUGCGCGAGUCGAACAGUGAGCCACCUGGUGAGAACAUGCCGGAUAUAAAAGCGGUCGACAGUGAUCUGCAUAGUUUUCUGUCUGGAAUGUCGCAUUUGAAGUCAUUUGAUACGUCUAGCAACCUUACUUUUCCUACCUGUGAUAGAUCGGAGUCUGCGGAAAUCGUUUAAAGGAAUUUGUUUCGGGUUUUUUGUUCGUACCUUAACUGUUACACAGCAGUGUUUAAAAUUGCGUACGAUGUGUAGUUCCCUAUUAGAGUUUGCAUUUCAUGAAAUUGAAAGAAAAGUUAAAAUGUGUAACGAC